AUGUCACGAACAUUGAAAGAUAUCGGAUGGGUACAGAGAAAUGAUGGCGAACGUGAUCGACGUUAUGGCAUGCCGCAAGUGCUCAAUUACGACGGUUCCAGAGACAGGCGAUUUGAUUUGUUUCAACAGCCUACUUUUGGACCCUCGCAGGUACUAACUCAAGGUCGUUCCCAAUAUUACAAUGGCAUCGAUGCACAUACUGGUCCAGGUGUUUAUCAAUUGAUGACUAUGCCAGGCAUGGGAAGACCCACAACUCAGUAUUCUGGCAUGUCGAAUGAUCUGAGUCGACGACUCGACGAGCACUGUCGUGGCGGACGGGACAAUCUUGCCUUACCAAUGCAUCAGGCUGCUAUCCGAGGCAUGGAUGUACGAGCUCGCUUCGCUCCAGCUGAUGGUGCGCUGGAAGCGAGAGCACAAGAGCUGCUUCUGCUCGGUCAACGAGAAUAUUCGUGGAAUUCCAGAAACAACGGUGGCUUUAAUCCUUACUGCUACAGAUAA